AUGCAAGUGGUCCAGCUUGAUGGGCUCUCUGGUCUGUCAGAACCGCCGGUUCCGACAGAGAUCUCUUCCCGAGACCUGUCGCUAAAGAACCCGGUUCCCAAGAACGUCGCCUUCGAGCUUCUCCUGGAUGAGAACUCCAAGGUUCGAGCCCGUAUUCCGAUGCGCGUUCAAAUAUACCCCCAUGACACCACCGACUCCAUCGUCACUACUGUCAAAAAUUUCUAUGGCAUCUACGACGGCACCGCCAGUGGCGUGAGCUUCGAGGAUGAGCAUGGGACCACUCUCAUCGCAAGGUACGAGAACCUAAAGAAUAAUAUGACUGUAUAUGUCAGAGUCAUUCCCAUCCAACCAUUUGGGGAUCACUUCUACGGCGGUUUCCCCACUGAGCGCAAGCGCCCCAGCUUGGGCGAGCCGUUCCAGAUGGGCGAUGGCAUGAUCCCGGUAAUGGAGCAGCCAUCGCGACCAUCCUCACGCCUCGCAAGGAAGCGCAGCACUUCUCCAUCUAACCGGAGUCUCCGCAGCGCCUCUCAGCACAAGCAAGGUCCCCGUAGUGGCAUCAAGAGCCGGGGCUCCAGCCAUGCCGGGUAUCCCGACGAGGAAGGUGGACUAAGCGACAGCGAGUCCACUUACAGCCGCAAAGCUCGCGGCGACACAUUCGCGAGCUCAGAAAUCAGCAUGGAAAAUAUACUCCAAGACGGUCGUCGGAAACGACCCAAGUUUGACAGCUCGGAACUCCCUCUCUUCGCUCCUCCGCAAGUCCCUUUCACUACCUCAACGUCCUCCAUCUCUCCUCAGCGUCGCUCGGUCGGCCAGGAAGGCGCUGGCUCUCCUUUUGCCCGUCCCACCCACCGUCCAUACAACUACCAGCAAGCGCUGCCAUCACCACAAAGCUAUGGACACAGUGAAUAUGGCGUACAAUCGGGGCGCAAUACAGUGUAUGCGACGCCCGUGGUUCCUGACCAUGCGCAUCGCAUCCCCUACAGCAGUUCCGGUGCGCGCGUGAGUGGCCCUGGAAUCCUGCCGACCCCCGACCCCACCAUCGCAAGCUGCAUCUCCGAUGAGGAUGUCGCAAUGCAGCUGAUCCGUCUCGGUGAUGCAUCCAAUUUCUCCCAUGGUCGCACAUCGGCCUCGACCCUGGAUGAUGCCUUCAGCGGCGCUGCCGAUGCUGCUUCUUCGACGGGUGCUACCAGCGAUGGUGACGACUUUAGCGAAGAUGAGGAUGACCUUCCCGCUCGUCGCAGACUUGACUCGAGCCCGAUGCUUCCCCCGGGCGCCAUCAAGCGCCAUCACAAGCGUCUCGAUGACAUCCUCCCGAGCGCGGACAGCAGUGACCACAGCUCCGAUGGCGCUGAUGAUGGCAUCAAGAGCGAAGGCGAGGAGGACAUCUUGUAUAAAGAGUUUGCUCCCAAAGUCAAGAAGCCCAAAAACCGCCCAAUGUCUGCCAAGAUCCGUGCCCCCAAGCCAUUGGUCAAGCAGAACAAGAACAAGUGCAGCUUGUCUACUGUGCGCAAGCCGUCCGACAAGUCAAUGGGUUCAGUGCCGCCUCUGAGCCCGAGCUCCGCGCGCAAGGUCUCAAGUGGCUCUGUCAAUUUCCAGCACCAACUUGGUGCCGAUGAGGAGGACCUGUCUACCAAGCCUCGCUGCCAGCGCUGCCGCAAGAGCAAGAAGGGCUGUGAUCGCCAGCGCCCCUGUGGACGUUGCAAGGAUGCCGGUAUUGGCAUUGAUGGAUGUGUCAGUGAGGAUGAGGGCAAUGGCCGCAAGGGUCGCUACGGUCGCCAUAUGGGUGUUCCUGUGAAGAAGAACGCCGACGGGGUUGAGGAAGAAGGACCUGAGUUGCUGCCGAUGCCGGGCAUCCCUCUCGUCGAUGCAGACAUCGCGGACAAGAAUAAGAAGCGGAAGCGCUAG